AUGCCACGAAGAGUUGAAACCAAAGUCGUCGACACCGCAGAAUCUGUCGCCAGCCUAGUAGACUGGCUAGUGAGAAUUCACAAUGAUCGGGAGGAUGAUGACUUCUCUAGCCUUCUCUACCAGCCAGCCAUUUACAUCGAUCUCGAAGGCGUGAACUUGUGUCGCCACGGUUCAAUUUCCAUCUUCACCUUGAUGGUCGAUAUUGGUAUGCCGGUGCAGCGUGUCUAUCUUAUCGACAUCCACGUCCUGGCCGCUAAGGCGUUCACAACCCCAGGGACUGAAUCGAGAACUACGCUCAAGGACAUCCUAGAGGACAAAGACAUAUUCAAGGUCUUCUUUGAUGUUCGCAACGACUCCGACGCAUUAUUCGCGCACUACGGCAUCGCCCUGCAGGGUAUAGAUGACAUACAGCUCAUGGAGAGCGCAACGAGGGAAACUACAGCAUCGAGAAAAUACCUGAGUGGGUUGUCCAAGUGUGUUGAAAAGAAUAUGAUCAUGUGGUUUGGCCCGGGGCAGGAUCUCAAAGAAUGGAAGGAAGCGAAGGAACAGGGCGAACGGCUUUUCAAUCCUCAACAAGGCGGGACCUACGAAGUCUUCAACGAACGCCCGAUCCCAGACGCUAUCAUGACAUAUUGCGCUGGUGAUGUCCGAUGUCUGCGAGAGGUGCAUUACAACAUAAAUAGAGGUCGCGCAUACGUGUGGCGCGACCUUUACCGCGACGCGACAAAAGCGCGGGUCGCGUCCACACAUGCACCAGACUAUCAGCCUCACGGCCAGCACAAAGCAUUGGCGCCAUGGACGGAUGAGCAAAACAAAGUGCUGGACAGUAUGAACUACAAGCCGCCGGCUCGUGACUACUUCGAUGACUUUGACGAUUACGAUCCUGAUGAAGAAGAUGACUGGGAUAUCAGGGAUUAUAACGACUACGAGGACUGGACGAGAGCACCGUGGCAGGGUCCGCCUUCUUGA